CGCUCAGUUGCAAGAAACACAAUUUGGUCUUAAAUAACAACAAAACCAGAAACAAAGAUUUUUCGUGCAAUUAGUUCUAGAUCUGAGCGCAGAGUCAGCGAAAGGAUUCGAACUAGACACGUCAGGGCACCAGAAUUUUACUGGUUCCUACAACUAUAAGGGAUUCGAACUCUGGUCGAACAGAAGCGGUGAAAUAUGUCUGGGCAGGGGCAGCGGCUGAACGUGGUGCCGACGGUAACGAUGCUGGGUGUGAUGAAAGCCCGGCUGGUAGGCGCUACGCGAGGGCACACUCUGCUCAAGAAGAAAAGUGAUGCCCUUACCGUCCAGUUCCGUCAAAUCUUGAAGCGCAUCGUUUCAGCGAAAGAAACCAUGGGCGAAACCAUGAAAGCCUCUGCCUUUGCCCUAACCGAAGCCAAAUACGCGGCAGGGGAAAACAUCAAGCAUGUCGUCCUGGAAAACGUGGAGUCCGCAACCGUCAAGGUCCGUGCCCGUCAAGAAAAUGUCGCGGGUGUUAAAUUGCCCAAAUUCGAGUAUUUUACAGAGGAAGGAGCGACGAAGAAUGACUUGACGGGCUUGGCUCGUGGAGGGCAGCAGAUCCAGUCCUGCCGAUCUGCUUAUAUCAAGGCUAUUGAGGUUCUCGUGGAAUUGGCUUCACUUCAGACUUCGUUUUUGACGCUGGACGAGGCCAUCAAGGCGACCAAUCGGAGGGUUAAUGCGCUGGAGAAUGUGGUGAAGCCGAGGCUGGAGAAUACUAUUAAUUAUAUAAAGGGAGAGCUCGAUGAGCUGGAGAGGGAGGACUUCUUUAGGCUGAAGAAGAUUCAGGGGUAUAAGAAGAGGGAGCUUGAGCGGCAGAUGGAAAGUGCCAAGUCCUUUGCGGAGGAUCAGCAGGCUGAGAAUUUUGCGCUGCAGAAGGGGGUUUCCAUGCGGAAGGCACAUGAUAUGCUAUCCAUGGGGACUGAGAAAGACGAGGAUAUCAUUUUCUGAAAUGAUAAUGUGCUCUUUGGGUUCAAAUUUCAGAUACACAUCAGCUAGUCCGUGGGCAAUUAUGUAGAUGUUUGUAUUUAAAGGCUGUUAAGGCUGUGUAAAAGGAUGCAGAGCACUUGAAGCAGGAUUAAUGGAAAGCAUUUGGUAGAUUUAGUAUGACAGUUCAUUAUGUAAUGGUUUCGAGGCUCUGAAAAGGAAGACUACAGGUCACUGGAUAAUGAGCUGUAUAUGCAGGCAAGAGCUAUAUAUGCGGGCAAGAGCAUGAUGUCUGGAGAGUGACUGACAGAUUUCAUACGUCAUUCUUCAGCAUGAGAAUUAUUCUUUUUGUUUGUUUUUUAACUUAGUGUUAGGUAGUCUUAUGCUAUCUUUUUGCUCUUUGCCUUUCUGAAUUAUCUAACAGGGAAGACUGGAGAUUGUUGAUUUUGCAUUUAGAAAUAAAAUGCUAUCCCUUUCAUUUU